UAUACACUUAUACAGUAUAUAGUAUAGAUGUAGUAAUCAUGACUGCGGAUACGGUGGCGAAAGAUGGGGUUAACAAACCCUCUGCGCAUGCGGAUUCAAACGGAAGCGCGGUUGCGAUGUUGUCCAACGACGCGCAAAUCGUUAAACCAGAGCUAGCUAGAGAUAGACAGACCAGUACAAGGGAGAGUGCGAUAUCUAGAGGAAAGGCGGCCAUAAUGCAUACACACACCUCUGGUGAUGGGGCCAAAACAGCCGAGAAACACGGUCACAGGAGGGUCAUGGAAGACGGUACCCAAGUCUUCAAGAAG